AUUGUGGAUGGAUUGCAGUGCACUGGACUGUAUAGAGCAGGGUACCAUCCAGGCUGUUGUCUGUGAGGGGUGGGGUCCGGCUACACUGAUACCACCAAACAUAAGCUUACAGAGGGUCACAGAGAGGCAGAAAAGGGAGGAAAAAAGAGAGAGAAGAGGGGGGAAGAUUGCACCUGAAGAGGACUACAAAACGGGAUGAAAGGAGACACCCCAGUGAACAGCGCCAUGAGUGUCGGCCAAGCCAGGAAACUGGUGGAGCAACUGAAGAUAGAGGCUAGUUUUUGCAGGAUAAAGGUAUCAAAGGCAGCAGCCGACCUGAUGGCAUACUGCGACGCACACUCCUGUGACGACCCGCUCAUCAGCCCCGUGCCAACCUCAGAGAACCCUUUCAGGGAGAAGAAAUUCUUCUGCGCUCUUCUUUGAGACCAAUCAGGGAUUGUUGAGAAUAACAGUACAUCUGUACAGUAUGUACAUGUAUGUACAGUGUGUACAUGUACUUCUGAUCCGAAUAAGACAUCAAUGUACUAUAGAAACCUUGCAUAAAAGCUGCCGAUGUACAGUACACGAUCAACUACGAAAUGUCUCAAACUAAAUUCUUUAACUGCUGACGUCCAUCUCAAUGUUAAAGGGGAAGAACAAAAAAUAAAUGAACUUGAAGUAAAAAACCCAAAAGCAAUCAGUAAAGAGUUAGAGUUAUCAUUAUGAAAAAGAAGACUGGAGG